CAUAGCGCUGCCUGUAUGCACGCGCUUGUCUUUCCCUGUGUUCUCUCUCUCUCUCUCACUCAUUCACGCACACGGGAACACGCAGACCAGGACACACAGACCGAGGGAGGGAAAGUGAGAGAGUAAGAGAGAGAACACAUCGCAGCCGAGAUGCAGCAGAAGGUUUUCCGAGGACUAAGAGCGGGGUCAUGGUGUCGGGAGAGGAUGGCUGGGACCCUCUCCACACCUGCGCUGCACUCUUGGAGCUGAAUGUUCAAUGCACGGCAAUCCCCGUCCUGUUUUAUACCAAGAUAAUCAAAGAUGCACAAUGUUACCUACAUCUAGGGGUCGUCAUCUCUGAACUGGACCUCCAUGAACUGCCAUCUUCUUGAUCUGAAAUUUCUGUUCUCCAUCAUCCUUCAAUCGACAACUUCUGCACUGAAGAUAUAGCUAGAACAGACACUCUUUAAAGUCUUUCCCUGGACCUUGCUGGACUACAGAUAUAACCUUUGACUGUGUAGUGCUCUGUUUCUCUCUGAACAUCUAAGAGAACUUGUACAAGGAUCCAAUGAAACACAGAAAUAAACACAUGAGAGGAGACAGGAUGGGAGAGGGCACGGAGGAGGCAGAUGGUGCUAAAACUACGAGGAUAUCGCUCAGUUUUCCCCUCAGUGCUGGAUUGCCUGGGUUUUCUGGACAGAAGCACCGCUCUUCAUCCCACCCCACUUCCUCCUCUGACGACCAUGACAGAGACAGCUCAGAUGGCACGGCAUGGAAGGGGGAAGCAUUCAGAGACAAACAGCUAUCCAAAACGUCAUCAAAAACUGAGCGCCUGCCAUGCACUUCCACCUCCUUCCCAGUUGAUCUAACUGCUCCAGUCAGUAAGAACUGCAAGCCAUCUCUGUCCUUUUCUGUUGAUGGAAGUGGUACCCGAUCUCCCUUACAACACUCUAAUAAAAUGGACUGUUCAAAAGAGACAGCUGGGGUUAGUCUUAAUAAUGGGUACAAAGAGCAUUCAACAACAGAAACAGCACACAUCCUUUUCAACCUCAGCGCAAGAGCAUACCAGGACCAAGGUGUAAAGGAUCCAGAGAGUUCAAAAGGCAAAAAACGCAAGGCAAACAGCCUCCAUGUUGAACUGAGCCUUCCUCUCCCUAGCAUCAACCCUCGCUCAUCCUCAUCAACCCCUCCUCCUCCUCCUUCACCCGCGUCUGUCUCUCUAACUUCCUCCCCUUUGACUCUCCCCACGCCAUCUUUCCAUGACUCCUUUAGGGCAGUGCCGAAGCCAGAACUACUGUGUGGGGUGUGCCACCGUCUGUUCAGCACUGCCUCGUCCCUCACUGUUCACAUGCGUCUCCAUCGGGGGGGACGAGUACUCAGCUGCCGCCACUGUGGCAAAGCCUUCAUCCAUAAUAAAAGACUGCAAUCCCAUGAGGCCACCUGCAGGCAAGGGCUGCCAGCUUUUCCAGUGCCACCCAAAGAAGAGCCCCUGGAGGAGGGUGAAGUGGAGGGGGAGAGAGCAGAUGAGGCUGCAGAGCCAGAACAGCUUGGACAAGAAACAAGGCCUGGACGACCCAUAAAGAAAGUGCGCGACCUUUAUGCCCAUCAUGCUGAAGCACUGACUUGCAGGGAUGCCCUGGGGGAAGAGGAUCACUUUGUAAAAGUGGUGGAUGGACAUAUCAUUUACUUUUGCUCUGUGUGCGAGCGCUCUUACAUGACUUUGUCUAGCCUGAAGCGACACUCCAAUGUGCAUUCAUGGCGCCGAAAAUACCCCUGUCAUUACUGUGACAAGGUUUUUGCUCUGGCUGAGUACCGUACCAAACAUGAGGUAUGGCACACUGGUGAAAGGCGCUACCAAUGUAUCUUUUGCUGGGAGGCGUUUCCUACCUACUACAACCUUAAAACACACCAAAAGGCUUUCCAUGGUAUCAAUCCUGGCUUGAUCUCAAGUGAGAAAACAGCCAAUGGCGGUUACAAGCAGAAGGUCAAUGGCCUUAAACUGUACCGCCUGUUGCCCAUGCGAUCUCUAAAGAGACCUUACAAAACAUAUAGUCAGCCAAUGGCUGAUGAACUACUCACUUCUGAUUCAUCAGUUAGCCUGCCUUUAUCUAUAGAUGGCAGCCUUCCACAACCUUUAGACACAAAACAAUUAGAGUCUUUCCUGAAAGAUCUUAAAACCCCAGACAUCAAGGCUGAGCCUGAGGGAUUCCCUAUCAGGUUGGGUGUGGAGCAAGGUAAAAAACUAGCUUCUUCCCAAACAGACACGACAGAAGAAGCCAGAGAGACAGAGGGGUCAGAUUCAUGGCUGUUAGGUAGUGACAAUGGCAAAGGAAAAAAUACAAAGUGCCCAGAAGGAGCCGUCUCUUCAGUCAUUGCAUUUGCACACAGCAAACCAUCAGUCAUCAUGCACAGCACUGCAGUUUCUUCCUCUGUCAUUGUUCACAGAAAUAAGAUGGACUCUGAGGAGAGAAAAAGUCGUCUAGAAAAUCAUACAAAGACAAGUCAAAAACAGAUUAGAAAACAUACCCAGAGAGAGCACACAGAGGCAUACAGGGAGUUGGAAGCUGUCAGUUUAGACCCAGAGGUCUUGAAAAUCAGACAGCCAACAGAGAAAAUUCACAAGGGACGAAAAGUUCACAAUAAAACAGAGUCAACUAAGACAAUACCUUUAGCGGUGGGAUCGGAAGUCAAAGCCAGCGGCCCACUUUGUCAGAUUACUGUGCGCAUAGGGGAAGAGGCCAUUGUCAAACGGAGCAUUUCUGAAACAGAUCUAAGGAGAGACAAAAGCCCUACGCGCAGCAAACCCAAAAAGAGUAACCAAUCACAAGAGGACCAGAGAGAGCAACGGCACACCCAUCACCACCAACGUAAACAUCGCAACUCCAGUCAGGAAAGAAAGGAGGGGGAGUCCAAAUGGAAAAACCCUAAACUCAAAGGUAAGGUGAGGAAAUAUUUCUUCCGGCCCGAGGUCAGGGAGGACAGAAAUGACCAUGAUGUGGAGGACAACCUAUGGAGGCCUUACUAUUCUUACAAACCCAAGCGAAAGGCUCUUCAUAUGCAGGGGGCAAAAGCUUGGAAACGCAAAAUGCACUACAAACGAUCACUGAGGCCUAUGAGGAGAGCUGAGAGACUCAUAAAAAAUUUUAAUAAAGAUGUUGAGAAUGAAGAUGCAGAUGAGAAAGAGGAAAGGAGACAAAAAGUAAAGAAAGAGCAGAGAGAAAUUACUGAUCCACAGAAAGCUGAAGUCAAAGAAACGUCACACACAUUUCCUGUCUCUUCAAGAACAGAACAGAAGGAAAAAGAAAAGGGAACUCAUGGAAAGCCUGAUCUCCCUCUCCCUUCAUCUGUUCUUCAGGCUACACUCAAUCCUCAACACACAGCAUCCUCAAUCAUUAAGCAAAGAUGGUCAGAAGAUCAGGCAUCUGAAUGUGGAACAUGUGGCCGCUGGUUCUCCAGCCCAAGGAAACGAGACAAACAUGAGUUGACACAUCUGUUUGAAUUUGUGUGCAUGCUCUGCAGGGCAACAUUCCCAUCACAGUCCAAGCUAGAGGAACAUCAGAGAACUCAGCAUCCAAAAAACAAGCCCCUGUCUGCCCCUACUUUCUUCACUUCUCAGUCAUCAAAAAACGAGGUGGAAAUAAAAGUGGAUGAGAAUGGAGUGGAUGGACGGUCCAUAGAGAAAGGCAGCCCAGUUCGCUUGGGCAGGAGGCCUUUGAUCAGAUAUACAUGCUCACAAUGUGAUAAAGUCUGCAAAACCUCUGCUGCACUCAAUUGCCACCUCAAGCGACAUGAGUUAGGCAGUUCAACCGAGGUUGAAGACACACAGGAAAAGCAAGACAUGCCAAGCUACGCACCUUCUACAGUGGAGACUAUACCAAGCAAAGGUUUAGACGCCAAUUGUGAGCAAGUACAGCCUGUGUCUGUCAUAUAUUACUCCAAACCAGACUGUCAAAUCACUGACAACCAAUUAGGUGAGAACAUGGAAGAACACCAAAGAGUCAGAAAUUGUGAAAGCCCCAAAGUGGCCACUAAUGAUAAAGUCCACAGUCCAUCGUGUGCACAGUUUUCCCAAGUUAUCCAGAGUCCCACUUUAGAAAGGUUUAACGUCAUCUCUCCUAACCUCCCUAGUGUCCUAGUAAUGAAUGGUGCAGAGUGCCUAGACUACAGAACACCAGAAAAACGGAAUUUAGACACACUAAACCAACAGAAAAGAAGCCAAACGCUGAGUGACAGGCAAGUCCAGUUUUCUCAAAUGCUGACAGAGCCUCAGAUUAGAAGAGAAAGAACUCCAUCUGGACCCAUAUCACUAAAAACAGGCAGAUGUUAUGCGUUUAGUGAAGGUGACAUUAAUCCAAAUGAAGAUUUCAGUGAUUUACAAGAUGCUCAGGAUCUAAGAAUCUUUCCUCAACCCAGCACCCAAGCCCAAGACUUAUCCAUGACAACAAUACUGGCAAACAAGAGAGAGCUUGAUCAACAGAGUAAACAUCCAUCCAAUAUCUCAAAGGAACAGUCUUGUAAUGAGGAGGUGGCGUUGGUAGUGCCCAAAGAGGAACCACUCAGUCCAAUUCCGUCUCCUACAUGCUCUGUCAUUCAAACAACUCCAAAAGGACCUUCUCAAAGGUAUUCAAAGUCACCUUGUCACUCUCCAGGACCCUUGGACCUACAGUUGCGACCACAGCUGGAACAAAGCCAAUCACACAGAGGAAGGCACAACACAGAAAAACAGGGUCUUAUGUUGCAAGCGAAUUCAGCUGGGAUGAGUGAGCCUUCUUCCCACAAACUGCUACAUUCUCAAGUGCCCACACCAGAGCCCGAAUCAAAGGACAACACCUCUUUCACUCCUACAGAAUACCACAUGGGCUCAGGCUACCCUGUCCAAGAGCUUACUCUUCCCUUGGUCCUACCUGGAGGGUACUGCUCUGGUAAGAAUCAGGAAGAGCAAAUCCUGAUGUCUUACCCUGCUGGACCCCUACCUUUUCCAUCACUUGGGAAGAUGGUUUCCCAUUCUGACUCUGCUAAACUGCCCUUUUACCCUGACCCCUAUCAACUACUGUAUGGCCCACAGCUACUGCCAUACCCCUAUAACCUUGCUGCCCUUCCAAUGACUCUAAAUAUGAUGGCAUCAGGCGACAAAGAGCCCUUACCCUUCUUGCCUUUUUUCAAUUACGCUGCCGCCCCUUUAACAGGCACAGUACCCCAUCCGUUAGUAGUGAACCCCAGUCUAUACAACAGUGGCGGCAGCAGUAGCACAAAGCAGGACAACCAAUAAGUGAGUACACAUUGGCAGCAAGGGAAUACCUGUAAAAGAGCAGAGGAGGCCAUUAAGGGUGGAAAUUAUGGUUUUCUGUUUGUUAACGGACUAUUGCACAGCUCUUACUUCUCUUUUGUAACGCAACAAAUGCAUAGGCAUACAUAGGAAUCAAACGUGAUGGAUAGAUGGAGGGGUUUCUUGGAGACGAGGAAAAAAGAUUAUAAAGGGGUGAAGAACAAAAAAUAUAACGCCCCCUUCAGGCACUGCCAAGAUGCACCUUCAACACACCACUUCUUUGCCUCUUCUGUAGUUUCAUUAGAGAUUGGAUAUCCAUCCUCAGAAUCAUUAUGAUAUUAUGGAUAACAGAUGAACAAUAACAGCUAAGAGGAUGUGUGUUUUGCUAAAUUAAUUCCGUCUGUUUUCCACAAUAAGGGCAGUAUAACAACAAUAAUGAUAAUAAUAGUUGUUAAUUAUAUUGCUUGUAGUAAUGCAAGGGUGGCUUAUCAUUGAAAGCAAAAUGAUCAACACACAGGGAAGGAAGAUGCAGCAGCUGUUUUUGUGUGUGUGUGUGUGUGUGUGUGUGUGUGUGUGUGCGUCUGCGUAUGCGUGAGUGUGUACAGAGAGUGAUUUUGUAUAGAGGUAAUGCAUGGAGACUCUGGGGUAGCUCAUAGUGUCAUAUCUAACAUUGGUACUCCAGUCAUGUGUUUUUCAGUAUUCCAGCUUUAUGUGUGCCUGCAGGUUUGUGUAAGUGUUUUGUGGGGUGUGUUGGGGGUGUAGGCAUGCACACUUAAAAUCAUUUGUGCUGCAUCAGGCUUGGCCAGUUCCAUGGAAGUUCACGCAAAAACAUAAUUCCUGGAAAAGCUAUUAUAAUCUUAAUAGGUCAGUAAAUAGAAAACAUAGAUGAAGUUCUUUCGUAAGUCAUAGCAUAGCAACUUGAUGGUGUAGCUACAUGUCAUAUGGAUUAAACAUAUUAUUAUGUGAUGCCUUCACUAACCAGGAUCAUCAUGACAAGAUCAAAUAUUGUGAUUUAGAAUCCACUCUACUUUUGACCAUGUUAUGUAUAGAGACAGAUUGUGUUUCACAUAGUUUCGUUUGUAGGAUGUGGGUAUUAAUCCUUGAUCAUUUAUGAAAUAAGUUUGUGUACUUCCAAUACUCCUGCCAAUGGUUUAAUCUCUUCCAACAACAUACGUUCCAGUCGACUUCAUGUUUGUGGCCUUCUCCUCCCCACUGCCCCCUGGUGUCCACCAAAGACACUCCAUUCAUUGACUGAAUUUGAGACGUGACAGAAUGGGUGAAACAAAGUGAGACAAACAAAGAUUAAAAUAGAGUUAGAGUGAGAGUAAAAUUUGGGAGUAAAGUGGAGAAAAGUGCAGCUGGGCAGAAUACAUAAAUGGAGCUUCCUUUAUAAAGACAGAGAAAAUCGUAUAGGUUACUUGUGAGAGGCAGUAGUUGGUGUUAGUUUUAGGAAAACAUAAUCUACUACAAGCAAGCCACCAUUUCUGUUGGUUAGCAAAUUCUUUCUCGCAGAGAGAGACAAAAAAGGAGAGGACGUCAGUCAGUCCUGACGCCCCUGCAGGGCUUGCACUAUGGGACUUAUAGCACUGGAGGGGCUUGAGCUCUCCCUUGUACUUUCUUUUUGUUUUUCACUAUAUUAUUUGUUUGAUUUAUAUAUUUUUCCAUUUUUGGUAGCGAGGCAAGGCUUGUACUUGAAGCUCAUUCAAGUACAUAAAAAUAUGAAUGUAAUUUAGUCAUGAGGUUAAAAAAUAAAGAUAGUUUGGUAGAUAAUUUCUGUACGCUGACUUGAAAAAUAACAUGUAAUAUUGAACUGCUAUGGGGUAUUCAUAUACAUAUAUAUAUAUAUACAGUAGUCUUAGGGAUAUGUCAAGGAAGUUGGAUUCAAUAUAACCACAACGCAUGAGCAACAAUUGCUUCUUCAGUAUCUUCUGGUGUUGUCACAAAACUCAAUUUUCCUUCAUAUGUGGUUCUUUCAUUUCAUUUUCUCCAGCUUUUUCUCUUGAGGCAUGUACUCACAAAACUUUUUUAGCCCCUCAGUAUCAAAAUUUUCACAUCUAAAACCAAAAAGAAAAACUCCUAUGUUGCCUUAUUUCUUUUCCCCAAGCAUUACAAAAGCCUUUCAAAUACUGCCCUUCCAUCUCCACCUCUUUCUCAUUCCAACACCCUCUCCCUGUCUAUUCUCAAUAUUUUACCUUCUCCCUUUGAAUUAAGUGUGAAACUGUGCAAUGUAGCCACAGCACUGUUCAUUUCCUGAGGGUAAAACACAAUGCAAUGAAUGGUUGUGGAUCAUGUAGCUUCAGUCGGUAUGAGCACAAGCCUUUUGUUUGCAUUGUAAGAGUGUGGUGUGUGAAAGAAAGGUUGUGUUGUGGUAAAGGAAAAGGAAACCAAAUCAAGGUCUAUCUCCCUUGAUAGCUACCAACAAACUUGUGUUUGACCUCUUGUUUUUGCUGUAUUUUCUCCACCAUGACAACAUUUUUACAUCAAUUCUAGAAAUAUAUAAAUGAAUGAAUUGCAUCAACUACCUGUACCAUUGAUUGGUUAAACAAAAAUGUUAAAUUUGUGUAAACGAAUGUAAAAACCAUUAGUAACAACCAUAGAACAUUUGAGAGGUUCACAUAAAAAAAAAAUGUAACAGUUAUUUUCAGAGAAUUAAUAACAUUGGAUUUGUAAAUGUAUUUUUUUCCCCCAUUGCAUAUUGAAGUCUAAUUGGGUUUAAAUAUCGGCCCAAAUAUCAAUUGUUAAUUGUUCUGGAUCAAUUGUUCUGAAUCAGUAACUAAAUCAAAAAUUCUGAUGUUUACAUUCAAGAUGCCUUUUUAUUUAAAUAAGCUAAUAAGUAUAUGCACAUAAUCUGAACGCACCUUACAAAGAUGAAAUUGUGAUACCAUUUUCUAUAAAACAUUCUAUUUACAGUAAGUAUUACUUGGAGGAACAUCAAAAUGAGUUUCAUCCAUCAGCAAACAUUCAAUGAAAUUCAGUAGAUAGUAUGCUUAAAAGAGGCCACUUGUGACUGUGUGGGCUACUAUUACUACUAAAUAUAUUUAAAAAAAUAUAUUAAUCAGUCAUCUGGAUAGACUACUGAAUAUAUUUGCACAGAAAAAGGAUAGAUAUUUUAAAAAUGCCUUUUGAGGGCAUAUGUACUGAAAUAAUCUGUCCAGUACGUUUGGUUUUGAACAAUACCUGAACUACAAAAAAAAAAAUAAAAUAAAAAAUAGCCUCUUCUUGAUCCACCCAGAACAAAAAAACCUUUGGAGGCUUGAAUUUUCAAUCAAAGUGACUUAAAUCUACCAGCUACAUAUGUUCUGCACUUGGUCAUAGUUGUAGGCAUGUGACUAAAUUGUCUGGUAUUUUGUGACAAUGUUAUAUUGUGCCAUUGUUUUAGAGGUCCACAUUAUAUUUGGGCAGUUUCAAAGAAGUGAAAUGUUUGAAAACUUUAUUUGUGUCUUGUUGACUUUGUGACCAUUUAACACAGAGGUUUGCUGGCAUACAUUGCCGAUUCUAGUCUACAAUCAACAGUAAAUUUCUUUGCUCCUGUUCUCUUUACUCCCUCUGUCUAUGCUACAACCAUACAAAAAUAAAGUAUUAACCUGA